GACAUGAGGACGGGUGAGCAGAGCUUUUAAAUCGUUUCCGAGAAAAUGGCUCUGGUUAUAUUAGAAGGAGGGUAAAAUGGUGUGUGGUGUAAGAUUGUGUUAAGGGCCAAACGUUGGGUUAAGAAACUGUUUUUAUGGAGAUCACUUAAUGGGUUCAACAUGCUCCACCCGGCAACUCUGUGAGGUUGGCUGAGAACUAAUGACUUGGCUACGAUUCCGCAAUGAACUUCCGGGCUGCGGACCGGGGCUGGGCUGAACGCUGGUCCCGUAAACGCCAGCUAUAUCCAGGCGAGUUGGUAGAACUCCUCUGGAAAGAAAAAAAAAUGCCGAAAUGCCCAGGCUAGUUUAGAAAAGGGACCCCAUCUCUCCCAACGGCGUGACUUUCCGACCCUAUCCCAGGACGGGCUCCUUUCUUUCCCGGGGGGCGAAAAGAACCGGCUUGAUUACAAAACAGUGACGUCCAGAGGAGCAGCGCCGGCCCCGCAGUGAAGACGGUCACCCGAGUCCAGGGGCGACUCAGGCGCAGCGCUGGCUUCGGCUCCCGCGGAGGGGCCAGGCGGGGCGCGGCUGCACCUGUCCGCUGGGCGUCCCAAGCCCGCCCCUUCUCUCCGGUUCCUCUGCAGAGCGGCGGCCGGCCGGCGGCUCUGCCCGCCGAGCGUCCUGCCACGCCUGCCUCUCAGUUCCCACCCGGAGCGAGCAUGGCCGGCCUGAUCGGCAGCCUCUUGGGCUCUCAACCCGUAGCUGGGUUCCAGCGCCGCUGCGGGCUCUUCCCCCGGGGCGAGGAGCCCCGAGCUCAGGCGGUGGGGAACGGUAACCGCCCCCUGACUCCGCGGGACGUCCGCAACGGGCAGCGCCCGGGCGUGAGUCUGCCGACCGACUGCGCCACCUGCAACGGCAGCCCCGGGGACGGCUGGAAGGAAUGUUCACAAGAUUAUGUUGUAAAAAAUUAUUUCUACUACUACCUGUUCAGAAUUUCUGCUGCAAUGGGCCAGGAAGUUUUCUACAUCACAUUUCUUCCAUUCACUUACUGGAUCAUUAAUGCCUAUGUUGCAAGGAGACUGAUAAUUAUGUGGUCGGUAACUAUGUAUAUUGGUCAAGUCAUGAAAGAUCUUCUGAAGUGGCCUCGUCCUCAUUCACCACCUGUUGUCAAACUAGAAAAGAAGACUAAUGCAGAAUAUGGAAUGCCAUCCACACAUGCAAUGGCAGCCACUGUAAUCUCUUUCACUUUUGUGUCUGUGACUGCAAACCAGUACAAGUAUCCACUUGAACUUGGACUGUUGGGAGCCUUCUUAUUUUCAUCUCUGGUAGGCCUCAGCAGAAUUUACACAGGAAUGCACACAGUGCUGGACGUCAUUGUUGGCAGUCUAAUUUCCUUAUUUUUGACUGCAAUUGCCUGUCCUACCUGGGAUAUCGUGGAUCACUUGAUGCUCACCAGCCCUUUCUGUCCAGCAUUCUGCAUCAUUGUGCCCCUCUUUUUGUGCUACAAUUAUCCCAGACUAGAUUAUUACAGUCCAACUAGAGCGGAUACCACCACUAUUCUGGGAGCUUCUGCAGGAGCAAUUAUUGGAUUUUGGGCAAAUAAUCUCUAUGUUUCAAAUGCCGCAUCUAAAGAUGUCCCACACAGUGUUUCUUCUAUCACUAUUGAAAUCAUCUUGCUAGUGCUUGCAAAAUUUAUAGUGGGGAUUGGUCUUUUAAUGAUCACACGGCAGAUUGCCAAAACUGUUGUUCGUAAAUCAUUAUGUUCUUGGCACAAGGUUUCUAACAGUGAUGCUGUAGGUAUGCGGCAAAUAAAAAUUGAAGUACCCUAUAAAUUUAUAACCUAUUCUUCUAUUGGUCUCAGUGCUACAAUGUUUGUGCCACUAGUAUAUACAUUUUUUGGUUUAAAUUGAAUGCUAUGCAUUUGUUUUUUUAAUUGUCCAGAUUAGGGGCUGCAGAUUAAAAAUAUUUGCAAUAAAUGAGGGUUGGGGUGAUGGGAGGAAAGAAUACGCCUUUUGCAUAAACUCUUUAGGAUUACUAAUACUGGAUACUAAAGAUAGGAUUUAGUUAUGCUAGUAUUCAGUGUGAGAGAGAUGGCCACAGACCAAAAAAGAAAAAUAUACAGGAAUGGUGAUUAAUUCUAGAGUUAGCAGCUGAGAGUUACCAGCUUUGCAAGUUUGCAUUGAGGGAAACCAGUAUCAGUCUUCGACAGUUUGUAAACAUAUGUGAAUGGGAAUAAGUAUAGCCCAUGAUCUUCCUUGAGGAUGCUGCACUAUUACUCUAGGGUUUAAAUGACCCUCCCAGUCUCCAACUUAACCUUUUAUCUUACGUAUCAUAAGAAUACAGGUCUGAAUUUUCAUUUUUCUCUGAUUUGUAUUUUGAAUAAGAAGCGGUCUGAAAGAUAUUGAUUGUAUGAAGACAUAUUCUUAUAUCAAAAUACUAUAGACGUUUCUCAGGAAUGUAGCAUUGACAGCAUAAAGGAAGCAGCAUUUUACAUUGUAAUGCUAAUACAAGAGAAAGGUGCUGAGUUGUUUCUAAGUUUUUUCCUGCUUAUUCAUGUUCUAAACAUUACAGAUGAGCAUGGAUGGAUAAGGUGAUUGAUUAUAAGAAAGAACUUAUGGAGACUGAAUAGUUCAGUAAUGCUACUGAUCAAUUAUUCUUUUGUAUUCACAUUAUAUCUGGAACAGAAUACAGCAAAACCUCCAUUUCUUAGAUAUUAACAGAUUUUAGAUAAAAAAUGUUUUUGUUUGGACUUCACCUCUAUUCACUUACAUCACUAAUGUAAUAUAAUUACAUAAAUGAGGUAAACUAUAUACAUUGGAAUUUAACAGACAUCUGAAGGAUAUGCUAAAUCAUGGUUUUAUUGUAAUGACCAAUGCAUUAUUUAAUUAAGUAGGGAAAUUCUAUUUCUGAACUAUACGUUGUCUUACCAACAGCUUUGGGUUUGCUUACAUAACUGUUUUUAUGAAUAGCACCUAGUCUAUGCUGUUCAACAAGACUGCAUGUAUAUGUUCUGAUUUAUAAAUUAUACAAUUUCUAUUUUUGUAUCAUUUUACUGUAAUAUGCUAAAUAUAUAAUCUGAAAAAAUACCAUCAA